GCGGAGGCGCGGGAGUGAUGGAGGGGGCGGGCUCUGCAGGGAAGUGCGUCAGAGGAGGCGCGGGGCGAGUAGGGUGCUGUGGUCUGAGCUGAAGGGUGAAGCUGGCGGAGCAGGAGGAUGGGCGUGUGCAGGUGAUAGACUAGAGAACAAGACCUCUGUCUCCGUAGCAUCCUGGAGCAGUCUGAAUGCCAGAAUGGAUAACCGUUUUGCUACAGCAUUUGUAAUUGCUUGUGUGCUUAGCCUCAUUUCCACCAUCUACAUGGCAGCCUCAAUUGGCACCGACUUCUGGUAUGAAUAUCGAAGUCCAGUUCAAGAAAAUUCCAGUGAAUUGAACAAAAGCAUAUGGAAUGACUUUGAUAGUGAUGAGGCAGAUGAAAAGGCUUAUAAUGAUGCACUUUUCCGAUACAAUGGCACGGUGGGAUUGUGGCGACGGUGUAUCACUAUACCCCAGAACGUAUAUUGGUAUAGUCCACCAGAAAGAACAGAGUCAUUUGAUGUGAUCACAAAAUGCACGAGUUUUACACUAAAUGAGCAGUUCAUGGCGAAAUUUGUUGACCCUGGAAACCACAAUAGUGGGAUCGAUCUGCUUCGGACCUAUCUUUGGCGUUGCCAGUUUCUUUUACCUUUUGUUAGUCUAGGUUUGAUGUGCUUUGGGGCUUUGAUUGGACUUUGCGCUUGUAUCUGCCGAAGUUUGUAUCCCACCAUUGCCACUGGCAUUCUACAUCUCCUUGCAGGUCUUUCUACUUUGGGCUCAGUGAGUUGCUAUGUUGCUGGUAUUGAACUACUACACCAGAAACUAGAGCUGCCUGAGAAUGUGUCUGGAGAAUUCGGAUGGUCGUUCUGCCUAGCCUGUGUCUCAGCUCCCUUACAGUUCAUGGCUUCUGCUCUCUUCAUCUGGGCUGCUCACACCAACCGGAAAGAGGACACCUUAAUGAAAGCUUAUCGUGUGGCAUGAACAGGAAGCUUCCUACUUCACAAUUGCCAUUUUUAUUAUUUUUUUAAUAUUAAUAAUUUCCCUCAUCUCCCAGUUUUUUUAAUUUAACUUUGUGUGUGUGUGAAUAUGCCAUUUUGUGCUGAAAAUCCAUUUUAUUUAUACACACAGUUUUCUUAACCACUAAGAUUUACAUGAAUUACUCAGAUUUUACCUUUCACAAAUUAGUCUUUUUUAGAGUUCAGACAGAAAGAAAUGGAUAAAUAAUACGUGGCAUGAAUUGAUGAAAGGAAAUUGACCCAAAGCAAAUUCUGCUUAUGUCUGUUCAACUGGAAACAUUUCUUUUUGGGAAAGAAAUCUCUUACCAUUGUCAAAACUUUAUGUUCCUUUGCUGUUGUAGAUUGCCAUUCAUUCAGAGGUAUCAGUACUAUUUUCAAAGACUUAAGCUACAUAAAAUGGGGAAAUGGUCCAAGAUCUGAAGUGAAAUAUGGCAGCUGUUUACACUGUGUCUAUCUACAAGGAAAAGGAAGUGAAAAUGUAUUUACUUGAAAUCCUUACUUUGUAACUGCAAGAAUUCCAGUUCAGAUAAGAGGAUUUAACUUUAUUUUACUUAAAAAAAAAAACACUUAAUAUGUCAGUAGGAUUUUCAGUACCACCCAACUGUUUUAGUAGAAUUUUGCUCCUUCCCUCUUCAUACGCCAGGCUUAUUAAAGAGUGCUUUCUUUUUAAUACCACUUUGGGGUUGCAGAGUAAAAUUUCUUAACAGCUAUUUAUUCCAGCUAAGUACCAUAAAGAAGUUUCACAUAAUGACCCUCCAGUGCUAGGAAAACUACCGCAAGAUCUAAAACUUUGGCUGGUCAUUAACUUCCAACUAUGGUCUUUAUUUCUUGUGGUGAAAUGAUGUGCCUUUCCUUGCCUGAACCCUUUCCUGGUGUGUAUCGACAUUAUUUAAUGUCUUCCAAUUCAGUCUUUUUUUUAUAUAUAUAUAUAAAUAUGUCUAUAAACAUUGAACUUUAAGAAAAUCUUAUUUACUUAUUCCAUUACUGUAGCACUGGGCAGAUUUUAAAAAAAUGUAACUUAGUAAUUUCUUACACUAUCCUAAAUCUGUCUUUUUUAAA